GAUCACACCCUAGGCAAUAUCCUCCGCAUGGAGCUGCUGAGGAACGAGGCGGUCCUCUUCGCCGGCUACAAGGUGCCCCACCCGCUGAACCACAUGAUUGAGCUGCGGGUGCAGACGCUGCCGAAGACGACGCCAGAGGCGGCGGUCCGGCACGCGGUCGCAAACCUCAGGUCCGAGUGCAGGUCGAUGCUGGAUCAGUUCGACAGCCAGGUGCGGGACCUGGAGGCGCGGGCCGCCAAGGACGCGCCCACGGGGGCGCUGCUGGACGAGGACCGCCUCCACACCACCGACGCUGAGGGAACCGGGGCGGACGGGACGACCAGCGGUCCCGAGCCCGAGGCGCCGUACUCGCCCUACUCGCCUGGGGUCGACGACAGGGACCAGCGUUUUCAGGAGCAGCUCGAGGAGUUCGAGCGGCUGGCGGGGGGCCAGGACGACGUCAGCAUCAGCCCCUCCUUCUCGCCCGCCACGCCGCAGGGUGGCGCGCGGCCGGCCGGCAGCGCCGGCGGUGCCGCGGGCACGCCGCCCGCGGGUGUCGGCGAGGGGCCUCCCGCGGCCGGCGGGGGCGGCGACGCUAUGGAGGUGGCCCCCGUGGCGCUGCGGGCGCUCGGCUCUGGGAGCGCGAGCGCGCCCGCCUCGCCCGUUCGCUGCUGGGCUGCAGGGAGCCGCGGCGAUGGCCUGCGGAGGCCAGUGGCCCCCCCGUCCUUCUCCUGCGGGAGCGCCCUCCCCUCCGAGGGCGCCGCGCGCCGCCCUCGCGGCGGUGCUCCUCGGGCUCGUGGCGUGCUGGCCCCGCUGGCCCUCGGCGUCUCUGGCUGGGAAGUUCGAGAGCGCCGGCUCGUCGGUGGACAAAGGGCUGAAGCGCGCCAAGGAGGGGCUGCAGGGCGUUCAGAGGCGCGUGGCGCCGCAGAACAGGGACACCCUCGAGAGGCAGGUCGCAGAUCUGAAGGCUUCGGGGAAGAAGCUCGUCCAGGACCGCGCGCCGUGGUCGCCGUCCUCCGGGCGGCCAGGUACCUGGACAAGGCCAAGGGCAGGCAGAAGAAGAUCGCCGAGAAGGCCCUCGACAAAGCGAAGGCCGAUGCCAACCUGGCCGUAGAGAAGGCCAAGGCCAAGGCCAAGCAGAGGGUCCGGGAGACGGAGGAGCGCCUCAAGCGCCUGGCCAAGUGA